CAAAAAACCCCUUCCGCCUAAACUCACAACCACAAAUCUCUCAUCUCAUCUCUCUCACAGUUCAUACACUAAUUCUUUGGUCGUCUCUCUUCAUCUCAACCAAAGAAUGAAAGGGUAUUAUUGAAGAUCAGUGUGAAGGAAGAAGAGAAAAUAACAAAAAAAUGGCCGAAUUUAUAAUAAAUGUUGCGUCAGUAAUUGUAACACCAAUAGGAAAGUAUGUGAUUAAACCAAUUGGAAAUCAACUUGGUUACAUUGUUUUCUACAACAGAAACAAGAAUGAGAUUAAAGAGCAACUUGAAAGUCUUGAGACUACUAAAAAGGAUUUGGAUCUAAGGGUUGAAGAUGCAAAAAGCAAGGCAUAUACCAUCUUUACGAAAGUUUCAGAGUGGUUGGUCGCUGCGGAUGACGAAAUAAAGAAAUCUGAUGAGCUAUUCAAUUCCAACCCACCUUGCCUUAACUUUCUCCAACGACACCAACUAAGUAGAAAGGCAAGGAAGAGGGCGACGGAUAUCCGCCGACUCAAAGACGGAGGAAACAACUUUCUGGAAGUUGGUUGUCCUGCCCCUUUACCGGAUACUAUGAAUACUAUUGUUCCUGAAGCUUAUCAAACUUUAGGAUCAAAAACCUCAAUGGCCAAGCAAAUUAAGGACGCCCUUGCAAAACCUGAGGUAAGAAAGGUUGGAAUCUAUGGUAUGGGAGGUGUUGGAAAAACAUAUUUGCUCAAGGAAGUUAAGAAAUUGGUGUUGGAAGAAAAAUUGUUUGAUCUAGUGAUUGAUGUGACUGUAGGUCAAUCUAAUGAUGUAAUGAAUAUGCAACAACAAAUUGGAGACUUCCUCAAUAAAGAAUUGCCAAAGAGUAAGGAGGGAAGAACAUCCUUUCUACGAAAUGCAUUGGUGGAAAUGAAAGGUAAUAUCCUGAUCACAUUCGAUGAUUUAUGGAAUGAAUUUGAUAUCAUAAACGAUGUUGGAAUUCCGUUAAGUAAAGAAGGAUGUAAGACACUUGUCACAAGUCGUUUUCAAAAUGUUCUAGCCAAUAAAAUGAAUAUAAAAGAGUGUUUUAAGGUGACUUGUCUAGACGAUGAAGAGUCUUGGAAGUUUUUUAAGAAAAUUAUUGGUGAUGAGUUUGAUGCAAAAAUGGAAAACAUUGCAAAGGAAGUGGCCAAACAAUGUGGAGGAUUACCACUUGCACUUGAUAUCAUUGCAAAAACAUUAAAGAGAUCAAGACAUAUAAAUUAUUAUUGGGAGGGAGUGUUAAGUAAGCUGAAAAAUUCAAUUCCGGUGAAUAUUGACGUGGGUGAAAAAGUUUAUGCUUCACUUAAACUAAGCUAUGAACAUUUGGAUGGAGAAGAAGUCAAAUCACUAUUUCUUCUUUGUAGCGUAUUUCCAGAUGAUCAUGGGAUUUCAGUAAACGAUCUGCAAAUGUAUGUGAUGGGUAUGGGACUAUUGAAAAUGGUAAAUACUUGGAAGGAAGCAAGAGCUGAAGCACAUUACUUGGUCGAGGAUCUUACAUCAUCUUCUUUACUUCAACGACUUAAGAAUAGAGAUGUUAAAAUGCAUGAUAUAGUUCGUGAUGUUGCAAUAUACAUUGGACCAGACUUUAACAUGUCUACACUUUACUAUGGAUAUAGUACAAGUAGCAAAGGGCUAGAUGAGGAUAAAUGUAGAUCUUAUCGUGCAAUCUUUGUAGACUGUAAGAAGUUUUGCAACCUUCUUCCAAACUUGAAGCUUCCAAAACUAGAAUUGUUAAUAUUAAGUUUUCCUUUUUGGGGGAAAGAUAGAAAUAUUGACAUUAUGGAUGCAUAUUUUGAAGGAAUGGAAAAUCUUAAGGUUUUGGACAUUGAAGGAACAAGUUUCCUUCAACCAUUUUGGACACCGUUAAAGAACCUUCGAACGUUAUGUAUGUCAUAUUGUUGGUGUGAGGAUAUUGAUACAAUUGGGCACUUAAAGCAAUUGGAAAUUUUGAGGAUUAGUAAUUGUAGAGGCAUCACAGAAUUACCAACGUCUAUGAGUGAAUUGAAACAACUUAAGGUAUUAGUUGUGUCGCAUUGCUUCAAGUUGGUGGUGAUUCACACAAACAUUAUUUCAAGCAUGACCAAAUUAGAAGAGUUGGAUAUACAAGACUGCUUUAAGGAAUGGGGAGAAGAAGUAAGGUACAAGAACACAUGGAUUCCAAAUGCACAACUUUCAGAAUUGAAUUGUCUGUCACAUCUUUCUAUUUUAAGAGUACGUGUUUUGAAGCUUACCAUUCUCUCCGAGGCUUUGAGUUCACAAAUGUUGAAAAACCUAAGAGAAUUCUUUAUUUAUGUUGGUACCCAUGAGCCUAAGUUUCAUCCUUUUAAAUCAUGGUCGAGUUUUGAUAAAUAUGAAAAAAAUAUGUCCUUUAAUAUGAAAUCGCAGAUUGUUUCAGUCAACGGGACGAAACUUAGCAUAUUAUUAGAAGGAACUAAAAGGUUGAUGAUUCUAAAUGACUCCAAAGGUUUUGCAAAUGAUAUUUUCAAAGCAAUUGGAAAUGGUUAUCCCCUGUUGAAGUGUCUUGAAAUUCACGAUAAUUCAGAGACACCACAUUUGAGAGGAAAUGAUUUCACAUCUUUGAAGAGGUUGGUUCUUGAUAGAAUGGUGAUGUUGGAGAGUAUUAUUCCGAGGCAUUCUCCAAUAAAUCCUUUCAACAAACUUAAAUUCAUAAAAAUAGGAAGGUGCGAGCAGCUAAGGAAUUUUUUUCCACUCUCUGUUUUUAAAGGGCUUUCAAAUCUUCGACAGAUUGAGAUCUAUGAAUGUAAUAUGAUGGAGGAGAUUGUAUCAAUAGAAAUUGAAGAUCAUAUCACUAUUUACACUUCUCCUUUGACAUCUUUACGCAUCGAGCGUGUGAAUAAACUUACAAGUUUUUGCAGUACCAAAUCAUCCAUCCAACAAACAAUUGUUCCCUUAUUUGAUGAACGACGGGUUUCAUUUCCUGAAUUGAAGUAUUUAUCAAUUGGUAGAGCAAACAAUUUGGAGAUGCUAUGGCAUAAGAAUGGAAGUUCCUUUUCCAAACUUCAAACAAUAGAGAUUAGUGAUUGCAAGGAGUUGAGAUGCGUGUUUCCUUCAAAUAUAGCGACGUCACUUGUCUUUUUAGAUACAUUGAAAAUCUAUGGUUGUGAGUUAUUGGAAAUGAUAUUUGAAAUUGAAAAGCAGAAGACUUCGGGAGAUACAAAAGUAGUGCCAUUGAGAUACUUAUCUUUAGGAUUUCUAAAAAAUUUAAAGUACGUGUGGGACAAAGAUGUUGACGAUGUUGUGGCAUUUCCAAACCUAAAGAAAGUUAAGGUUGGUAGAUGCCCUAAGUUGAAAAUUAUUUUUCCAGCUUCCUUCACCAAAUAUAUGAAAGAAAUUGAAGAGUUAGAAAUGGUUGAGCCGUUUAAUUAUGAAAUAUUUCCAGUGGAUGAAGCAUCAAAGUUAAAAGAGGUUGCAUUGUUCCAAAGCUUGGAAACAUUGAGAAUGAGUUGUAAGCAGGCUGUAAAAGAGAGGUUUUGGGUUAUGUCAAAGUUCUUCAAACUCAAAAGUCUUGAAUUGUUUGGUUGUGAAGAUGGUAAAAUGAUUAGCUUGCCGAUGGAAAUGAAUGAAGUAUUAUACAGCAUUGAAGAAUUGACAAUUAGAGGAUGCCUCCAGCUGGUAGAUGUAAUUGGAAAUGACUAUUAUAUCCAAAGAUGUGCAAAUUUGAAGAAGUUAAAAUUGUAUAAUCUUCCGAAGCUUAUGUACGUGUUGAAGAACAUGAAUCAAAUGACUGCAACCACAUUCUCCAAGUUGGUUUAUCUUCAAGUAGGUGGUUGCAAUGGAAUGAUAAAUUUAUUUAGUCCUUCAGUGGCAAAGAAUCUAGCGAAUCUCAAUUCCAUUGAAAUAUAUGAUUGUGGAGAAAUGAGAACCGUAGUUGCAGCAAAAGCAGAGGAAGAAGAGGAAAAUGUUGAAAUUGUGUUCAGCAAGCUAACUGGUAUGGAAUUCCAUAAUUUAGCAGGAUUGGAAUGUUUUUACCCUGGAAAAUGCACACUUGAAUUCCCCUUAUUAGAUACGUUGAGGAUAAGCAAAUGCGAUGACAUGAAAAUCUUUUCAUACGGAAUAACAAACACUCCCACUUUGAAAAACAUCGAGAUUGGAGAACAUAACUCAUUGCCAGUAUUACCAACACAAGGGAUAAAUGACAUUAUCCAUGCUUUUUUCACAAUUGAGAUUGGAAGCCUCCAGGGUAUAAGAAAUCUGAAAUUGAGCUUGAAAUCAGUGAAGAAAGGCUUUCGACAGAAACCAGAAUCAUUCUCCGAACUCAAAAGUCUUGAACUUUUUGGUUGUGAGGAUGAUGACAUAGUUUGCUUGCCAUUGGAAAUGAAAGAAGUAUUAUACAAUACUGAAAAAAUUGAAAUAAAAAAUGGCCAUCAGCUGGUACAAGUGUUUGAAAAUGAAGAAUUAAGUAGAAGGAAUAAUGAUGAUGUUCAAAGAUGUGGAAAGUUGAAGAACUUAACAUUAAGUAAUCUUCCAAAGCUUAUGCAUGUGUGGAAAGAAAGUAGUGAAGUCACAACAAUUAGCUUUGAUAGUUUGGAAAAGAUCAACAUAAGGAAAUGUGAGAAUUUGAAGUGCAUAUUGCCAUCCUCAGUCACAUUCCUAAAUUUGAAGUUUCUUUGGAUCAGAGAAUGCAAUAAAAUGAUGAACUUGUUUAGCUCUUCGGUGGCAGAAACUCUGAGAAAUUUGGAGUCUAUUGAUGUAAGUCAUUGUAGUGAAAUGAGAUGUAUAGUUACACCAGAAGGAGGAGAAGAAGAAAAUGGUGAAAUUGUUUUCAAAAACCUGAAAAGUAUCAUCUUAUUUGGCUUACCAAGACUAGCUUGCUUUCACAACGGAAAAUGUAUGAUUAAGUUUCCAUCGUUGGAGAUAUUGAACAUAGGUUGUCGAAGGUAUGAAAUGGAGACAUUUUCACAUGGAAUACUAAGCUUCCCCACACUGAAAUCCAUGGAGAUAGAAGAAUGUGAAUUUAAAAUCUCACCAGGGCAAGACAUAAAUGUCAUUAUCAGAUCACAUUUUGCAAAUGACCCAACAGGAAAAUAAGGAAAGCAAGAUGAACAGUAGUGAAAGAUUAAUUCAAGCUAUUAAAGAUUUUUCAUCACACAGUACAAAGUAAGCUUCUCAAACACAACCUUAAUAAUUAUUAAUGUUAUAUGUAGGUGCUUCUUAAUUAUUUGUAGAGAUCAAUACAUUCAAUCAUAAGUUUACUUUUUCUAUUUUACUUUUACGCUUCAAUAUCCAUUCUCUCUUUUCUUGAGGAUUGAGAAUGGUCUUUGAUUAACAAAGUUUGGAAAGAGAGGUGUUUUAGAAAGAAAAUUGUUAAAUGAAAAAGAGAACUUAUAAAAUAUGCUAAAGAUUGUUUCUUAUUAUAGUAUGGGGAGUGUUGGAUUCAACAUCUCACCCAAAGAUUCACAGUACAAGUUAA